AUGGUCUACCGGGUCAUCAACCUCGUGUACCGCUCCCCAAACAUGACCCCCGAGCAGUUCAGACACCAUUACGAAACCGUCCACGCCCCUCUGGCCGUCGAAUGCACGGAUCCCCGCAACGCCCCGCUCUCCUACACCCGGCGGUACGUGGUCGACACGGGUGCGCGACCUCGCGGCAUCGCGGCGCCCGACUUUGACUGUAUCGCCGAACUGACGUUCCGCGACGAGGCGACGUGGCUGCGCUAUCUCGAGGGACUGACGACGGGGGAGAACGGCAAGAGGAUCGCCGAGGAUUCGCUCAUCUUCCAGCGCGCGGCCGAGGCGAAGUUGUCGGCAAUGGAGCUGGAGGAGACGACGGUUCUGAGUGCGGAGACGAGUUAG